UGCUUUGUAAUAUCAUUUCCCACGCCCCCUUCCACGUCGACUUGCACUCUCGCCAUAUUUUAAAUUGCAUCAGGGCAUCGUGAAGCCGGGGAAACAAUUACAUCGGAUUAAGUUGUUACAAUUGACUUUGUGUGCUUAAAAUAGAUUUCAGUGAAGGUACAAACUAAAGCUGUAGCAAUGAACAUCUUCAGGUUAACGGGAGACCUCUCUCACUUGGCUGCUAUCAUCAUUCUCCUCCUUAAAAUAUGGAAAACCAGGUCGUGUGCUGGUAUCUCUGGGAAGAGCCAGAUUCUAUUUGCUUUGGUCUUCACCACUCGCUACCUGGACCUGCUAACCUCCUUCAUCUCCUUCUACAACACCAUCAUGAAGCUGAUCUACAUUGGUUGUGCCUACGCUACAGUCUACCUGAUUUACAUGAAGUUCAAGGCCACUUACGAUGGUAACCAUGACAGCUUCCGGUUGGAGUUCCUGGUUGUUCCUGUAGGGGGCCUUGCCUGUCUGGUCAACCAUGACUUCUCUUUCCUGGAGAUCCUGUGGACGUUCUCCAUCUACCUGGAGUCUGUUGCCAUCCUGCCUCAGCUCUUCAUGAUCAGUAAGACAGGCGAGGCGGAGACCAUAACCACCCACUACCUGUUUUUCCUUGGUCUGUACCGGGCCCUGUACCUUUUCAACUGGAUCUGGCGCUUUUACUUCGAGGGUUUCUUUGACAUGAUUGCCAUUGUAGCUGGAGUGGUUCAGACCAUCCUUUACUGCGACUUCUUCUACCUUUAUGUCACCAAAGUGCUAAAAGGAAAGAAGCUGAGCCUGCCAGCGUAAGCCUUUCAAAUGGAGACUCCAUGUCUCCCAGCAGACUCAGGGCGUGUGGAGAUGACAUCACAGAAAUCCUCUAAACAAGCACAGGAUGCCUGAGAGACAGAGUGAAUCGAGGGGAAAAACACUAGUCUUCUUCAUGAGUAACCUUGAACUGGUAAAUGUCAAACCGCUCCAACUGAGCAAGACGUCAUCCCAGGUCUUCAUGCAGUCUUUGGAUAUGUGUUUAGCAUCUUGCCUUACUUUUUUCAUUAAGAUAGGAAAUGUUUCUUUUUCUUCUUCUUUGUUUUCUGUGUUAUAAUGGCUCAACAUACUUUGUAUUGUAUUGAAUUGGGUUGAACUUGGUAAUUAAAUGUACAAAUGUAAAGUAUUUUAAGCAGGAUUAGGUUAAUUGAAAGAAUACCAGUGCCCUUAAAAAGCUGAGAGAUGAGGCUGGAGAAAUGUAACCACUCUGAUAUCCAUCUAUAGAUGCAAGGACUGACUGUCCAUGAUAUCAACAUUAGUGUAAACCAUGUUUUGAAGCAGUAGAGUGUUUGUUUACAUUUCAUUUUUUAUAACAUUGGAGUGAAACAAGGUGAUAUUUUGGGGUUACAUUUUUUUGUAACUCCACCCACCCUCGGCCCAUAUUUGUUUUUACUAAUAAAUGUACCUUAGUUUUUCGUAGGUACUCUGCUUAACAUAUAUAAUUUUGCUCUCAUGCAAAGCUUGCUUUUCUUGGAUCCCUUUGCAAAACCUCUAUUGUUCUUCUGAAAUGUCAUGUUCAAUUUGCUUUUCAAGUGAGUCAAAUUUACUUAAUUUUCCAAAAACCAUCAGUCACUCAUCUUGGUGUUUUAUUUUGAAUAUGCAUGAAGUUCCAAUCUUAAUGGUAUAUCACCUUUUGCAUCAGAAACUGAAAUUAUUUUUUAUUGCUUUACACAGGGUCAUUCUUGGAUGGUUGUCAAACAUUUAGUUUUCCAUAUCACAAAAUGGCCUUUGCUUCCCUUUGGUUAAGGUUUUCACAGCAUUUGGAAUUUUUAGAAAAUGUUUGAAUUAUACUGGGAGGAGGAUCAAAUCUCUAGUGGCCCCAAUACAUGGCCAUAUUUUCUUUAGCUGUUGAUAGAUGCAGUAAUUUCUCAGUGACAGGUAAAAAUGCGUAGUUUAUUAAAGAUGGGGUUGUUGUCUUUAAUGUAGGACAGGCUUGAGGAGCAAUAGUUUUUUUAGUGUGGAUGCAUAUGAGUUAAAUGCUGAUGUAAAAAAAAAAAAUCUAAUGUUCCUGAUUAGGAGAUCCCUAUAGACUUCAUGUCUUUCCAGUAGUGUGUUUGUUUUACAUUGUAUGAAAUCCCAUGAUGCCACCUCACCUCCAAUAAAUUUUUUUAUACAAAACCUUUA